AUGAGAUUCACACAGCUCUUCACCGCUGCCAGCGUAGCAGGCAUUGCUCUUGCUGCACUCCCCAAGUCCAGAACCAAGAGAACCUCGGCCUUCCAAUGGUUUGGCUCCAAUGAAUCUGGAGCAGAGUUUGGAAGUGGCAACAUCCCUGGCGUCCUGGGCACAGAUUACAUCUGGCCCAAUACGACCGCCAUUAGCAUCUUGAGGGAAGCAGGGAUGAACAUCUUCCGCGUGCCAUUUCUCAUGGAGCGUCUCGUCCCCAGCAACAUGACUGGAAGCCCUGAUGCAACGUAUAUGGCUGACCUGGUCUCGACCAUCAACUACAUCACGUCCACCGGCGCGCACGCCAUCGUCGACCCGCAUAACUUUGGCCGAUACUACGGCAACAUCAUCGCCUCAACCAGCGACUUUGCCGCCUUCUGGACCACCGUCGCGACGCAAUUCAAGGACAAUGACCUCGUCAUCUUCGAUACCAACAACGAAUUCAACACCGAAGACCAAACCACCGUCCUAGACCUCAACCAAGCAGCCAUCAACGCCAUCCGCGCCGCAGGCGCCACAUCGCAGUACAUCUUCGUAGAAGGCAACUCCUGGUCCGGCGCCUGGACCUGGGCCUCCGUCAACGACAACCUAAAAACCCUCACCGACCCCAUCGCCGACUCCAACAAACUCAUCUACGAAAUGCACCAGUACCUCGACAGCGAUGGCUCUGGGACCUCCGAAACCUGCGUCUCCGCGACAAUCGGGCAAGAACGCCUAGAGUCCGCGACAUCUUGGCUGAUUGCUAACACCAAGAAAGGCUUUCUGGGGGAGUUUGCGGCAGGUGCGAAUAGUGUUUGUGUUAGUGCGGUGACAGGCAUGCUGGAUUAUAUGGAGGCGAAUGCGGAUGUUUGGCUUGGGGCGGAGUGGUGGGCUGCUGGGCCGUGUAUGGAGCCGACGGCUGGGACGGCGUAUGAGUAUUAUCUGUCGGAUUUGGAGCCGUAUUUUCCUGGUGGAAGUUAUAUGGCGACCUCGACGGCCACGGGGACUGCUACGGCGACUGCUACGAGUACGACGACAGCGGUGACGGAGACGUCGACUGGCAUUGCGCAGCAUUGGGGACAAUGUGGUGGUCAGGGGUGGACGGGGCCGACGACCUGUGUGUCGCCGUAUACGUGCCAGGUGCAGAAUGCUUAUUAUUCGCAGUGUCUGUAG